AUGCACCCCACAGGCCCCACCCACCAGCAGAGCAUCACCAGCUCCAUCGGUGCAGCCAGACGUGACCGGGCCCAGUCUACUACCCCACACCGGACCACCACCUUUACCAGACCAGAGGCAGUCCCCCGGCCCAGACCUGGCUCCCCUCCCCUCCACGGGGCACAACAGCAGGACCAGCGCAGCUAUGCGGAGGCCCUCAGAGGACAGGAGAACGCUAUAGGAUGGAGUGAGAUUAAACAGCUUCUCCAGUACAUCUGCACUAAACUGCACUAA